AUGCCGUGUUAUGCUUUUCGGUUUGUGAACCAGUACACUACGCCUAUUGCUAUUGACAAAAUCGGAUGGAGAUACUAUGCAAUCAAUGCGGCGUGGGAUGUUGUUAUUUGCAUGAUUAUCUGGUUCUUCUUCGUCGAGACUAGGAACUUGGCCCUUGAAGAGGUCGAUGAACUAUUUGAUGGGAAGAUUCAUGCGGAUAAUGUCUUCAUUGGACGGGGUGAUGAUGUGCAAACCAAGUUGGAGGGAGCGUAG